AUGAGCUCGAGACGCCUCUCCCCGAGCCUAGCCCGGUCGCCCUCGAUUCUCUCCGAGCGCCGGGAUAUGCGCAGACUGUCCGGACUCUCAGUUACCUCCCCAAGUGAUCCAGAUCCCUCACCAACACCCGACACACAAGCGCCAGGCAUCACAGAAGAGAUUAGUGAGAUUAAGCGAUAUGAAGAUUUCAGCACAAUAGAUUGGGUCCAAGAUGCCCUAUACGAACAGAGUCGUCGACGAGCCAAGCGGAGGAGCGGUACCGGAUUCUGGGACCAGGAAGGUGUUCUUAGCUGGAGACGCAAGCUAAAGGAAUCCUAUGCUGCUGGUCAAGCGUGGCUCGUCGUUACUCUGGUUGGUAUCGCGAUUGGACUCAACUCCGCGGUUUUGAAUAUAAUCACUGAGUGGUUAUCUGAUAUCAAGCUGGGUCAUUGUACAACAGCAUUCUAUUUGAAUCAACAGUUCUGCUGCUGGGGUUCAGAGGGAGGCUGCCCUGAAUGGAAAACCUGGACUUCCUUCGGGUUCCUCAAUUACAUCAUCUACUUAUUUUUUGCGGUCUUCCUUGCUUUCGUCGCAGCGAUUCUCGUCAAAACCUUUGCUCCAUAUGCUGCGGGAUCCGGCAUUUCAGAGAUCAAAUGCAUCAUCGCGGGAUUCGUAAUGAAGGGCUUCUUAGGUGCCUGGACUCUCAUUAUUAAGUCGAUUGCUUUGCCUUUGGCUAUUGCUUCUGGUCUCUCUGUUGGCAAGGAGGGACCAAGCGUCCAUUUUGCCGUGUGUACGGGAAAUGUGAUUUCGCGGUUCUUUAGCAAAUAUAAGCGAAAUGCUUCCAAGACGAGAGAGAUUCUAACUGCAUCAGCUGCGGCCGGCGUGGCUGUUGCUUUUGGUAGUCCGAUUGGAGGAGUGCUUUUCUCGUUGGAGGAAAUGGCUAAUUAUUUCCCACUCAAAACCCUCUGGCGUAGCUACUUCUGCGCCUUAGUGGCCACCGGUGUUCUGGCGGCUUUGAACCCCUUCAGAACUGGUCAGCUGGUCAUGUUCCAGGUCUCAUACGACCGUACCUGGCAUUUUUUCGAGCUCAUAUUCUUCGUGUUCCUCGGUGUCUUUGGUGGACUCUAUGGAGCAUUUGUUAUCAAAUGGAAUCUCCGAAUGGCUGCCUUCCGCAAGAAAUACCUGGGCACGCAUCCUAUUGGCGAGGCCGUGUUCCUGACAGCCCUUACCGCAAUUCUAUGUUAUCCGAACAUGUUUCUGAAGAUCAACAUGACUGAAAUGAUGGAGAUUCUCUUCCGUGAAUGUGAAGGCGGACAUGACUAUCACGGGCUUUGCGAAGAUAAGAAUCGCUGGACAAUGGUGGUUUCACUAGCCAUUGCCACGAUCUUGCGCACUGGGCUAGUCAUCAUUUCCUAUGGCUGCAAGGUACCGGCUGGUAUUUUCGUGCCAUCUAUGGCUAUUGGGGCUUCAUUCGGUCGCAUGAUAGGAAUCAUGGUGAAGGCCUUACACGAAUCAUACCCUCAGUCUGCCUUUUUUGCGUCUUGCGAGCAGGACGUCCAGUGCAUUACGCCAGGCACAUACGCCUUCUUAGGUGCCGGAGCCGCACUGAGCGGAAUAAUGCAUCUCACCAUCUCCGUGACGGUCAUCAUGUUUGAAUUGACAGGAGCUCUCACCUAUAUUCUCCCGACGAUGAUCGUGGUGGGAGUCACCAAAUUCGUCAGUGAAAGAUUCGGAAAUGGCGGUAUUGCAGACCGCAUGAUCUGGUUCAACGGCUUUCCAUUCCUAGAUAACAAGGAAGACCAUGUCUUCAACGUUCCAGUCUCCCACGCAAUGACUACAGACCCGCUCUACUUACCCGCAUCAGACUUCCCCGUCCGGGAAGCAGAGCAUUUACUAAACGACAACAAAUUCCAGGGCUUUCCGAUAGUUGAAGACCGGAGCAGCAAGACUCUAGUCGGCUACAUAGGCCGUACAGAGCUGCGCUACGCCAUCGACCGCGCCCGCAGCGAGGGACUCGUCUCCCCCCGAGCGCGGUGCGUCUUCACCGAAGAAGCAGCCGAUGCAAACGUUGUGCGGCGAGCAUCAGCUCCACGACAAAGCGCAGCAGACACAUUUGACGCCAUAGAAACAAGUGUCGGUGCUGGCUUUGUCAAUUUCUCCCGCUACGUCGACCACACCCCGCUAACCGUGCACCCGCGUCUCCCCCUCGAGACCGUAAUGGAGAUCUUCAAGAAGAUGGGUCCGCGGGUCAUUAUUGUCGAGCACCGCGGCCGCUUAGCGGGGCUGGUGACUGUCAAGGAUUGUCUGAAGUAUCAAUUUAAGGUUGAGGCUGAGGAACACGCGCUGGCCGCGACUAGUUCCUCGGAGUAUUCUGCUUUGGGUGGGCAUUUGAAUGGGUCUGCACCCGAGGCGUUGGAGGAUCGAUUAUGGCGGUUUAUUCAGACAGCUGUCGGAGUUGUAUCUAGGUUUGGUGGGAAACAAUUUCCUGUCAGACCGCGUGAGCGAGGUCAGGCCCGCACGACUGAUAUUUUGGAUGGGACGGAGAAUGAGGGUUUGGUUGAGUUGGAGGAGAGGGAUCACUGA